AUGCGGUAUUCACUAGUCGUUGCCGGGUUACUGGCUGCAGCUACUCCCAGUCAACAAGCAACUACAUCACAUCGCACAAAACAAUCACGACAGUCCGUAAAUGCUACAUAUCCUGGCGGAGUCGACCCUGCUGCUGAAGCCGGUGCGCUCUUCGGUCAAACUAGUGAUCCAUUCUAUCCUUCACCAUGGAUGAGUCCAAAUAUGGGUGGUUGGGAGGAUGCUUAUGUCAAGGCCAAGGAUUUCGUUUCUCAACUUACGCUGAUGGAAAAGGUUAACUUGACUACCGGUGUUGGUUGGGAAGGUGAACAAUGUGUUGGUCAAGCAGGAUCGGUUCCUCGACUUGGUCUCAGAUCAAUGUGUAUGCAAGAUUCACCAGUGGGUGUUCGUGAUACCGACUUCAACUCGGUAUUCUCUAGUGGUCAAUCUGUUGCAGCCACUUUCGAUCGUGGUUUGAUGUACGCUCGAGGUUAUGCUAUGGGCCAAGAACACAAAGCAAAGGGUGUGACUGUUCAACUUGGUCCAGUUGCUGGUCCUCUCGGUCGUUCGCCACAAGGUGGACGCAACUGGGAGGGAUUUAGUCCAGAUCCUGUCUUGACAGGUAUUGGAAUGGCUGAAACCAUUAAAGGUAUUCAAGAUGCUGGUAUUAUUGCUUGUGCUAAGCAUUUCAUCGGUAACGAACAAGAACAUUUCCGUCAGGCUCCCGAAGCAAUUGGCUACGGUUACAACAUUACCGAAUCCUCUUCAUCAAAUAUUGAUGAUGUAACUAUGCAUGAAACUUACCUAUGGCCAUUCGCUGACGCCGUUCGCGCUGGUGUUGGUUCCAUCAUGUGUUCUUACAACCAAGUCAACAACUCUUACUCUUGUCAAAACUCCAAGAUGCUCAACAACUUACUCAAGGAGGAGCUUGGAUUUCAAGGAUUCGUUAUGAGUGAUUGGCAAGCUCAACAUAGUGGAGCAUCUUCAGCAGUAGCUGGAUUAGAUAUGACCAUGCCCGGUGACACUGUUUUCAACAGUGGAGAAAGUUACUGGGGAACCAACCUCACAUUAGCAGUCAUCAACGGCACUGUUCCAGAAUGGAGACUUGAUGAUAUGGCGAUGAGAAUCAUGGCUGCCUACUUCAAGGUUGGUUUAACUCUCGACGAGCCAGAGAUCAACUUUUCCUCAUGGACUCUUGAUACAUACGGACCACUCCACUAUGCCGCCAACAAGGACGUUCAAAAAAUCAACCACCAUGUCGAUGUUCGAGGAGAUCAUGGAAAGUUGAUCAGAGAUAUCGGAGCUCGAUCAACUGUUCUUUUGAAGAACACCAAAAAUGCGCUUCCUCUUUCAAAGCCCAAAUUCCUUGCUGUUAUCGGACAGGAUGCUGGACCAAAUGCUUACGGACCUAACGGAUGCUCUGAUAGAGGUUGUGAUAAUGGUACUCUUGGUAUGGCUUGGGGUUCGGGCUCAUCAAACUUCCCUUACCUCAUUACUCCAGACACCGCUCUUCAAAACCAAGCAAUUGCCGAUGGCACUGUUUAUCAAAGUAUCUUGGAUAACUAUGCUACAUCCCAGAUUGAGGCACUUGUUAGCCAAGACGUCACAGCCAUCGUUUUUGUGAACGCCAACUCCGGAGAAGGAUAUAUCAGUGUUGAUGGAAAUGAAGGUGACCGCAACAAUCUUACUCUCUGGCAUUCUGGAGACGCAUUGAUCCAAAAUGUUUCUGCCAUUUGCAACAACACUAUCGUCGUUAUUCACUCUACUGGACCUACUUUGGUUGGUGAUUGGUAUGAUAACGAGAACGUUACUGCAAUCUUGUGGGCUGGUGUACCAGGACAAGAAAGUGGAAACAGUAUCACUGAUAUUCUGUAUGGAAAGGUCAACCCUGCUGCACGUACACCAUUCACAUGGGGUCCAACCAGAGAGAGUUAUGGUGCUGAUGUUCUCUACGAUGCCAAUAACGGGGAGGGUGCACCGCAAGUCGAUUUCACUGAAGGAAACUUCAUCGACUACCGUGCAUUUGAUCGCCAAAACAUUGACCCAAUUUAUGAAUUUGGUUUCGGUCUCUCAUACACCACAUUUGACUACUCUGAGCUGGUUGUCACCAAGAAUACCAACGCAAGCAGCUUCUACACUCCUUCAUCUGGAUUGACUCAAGCUGCUCCAACUUUUGGAAACUUCUCUAAAAAUCUCGAUGAUUAUCUCUUCCCCAAUGGUUCAUUCCCAUACGUCUACCAAUACAUCUACCCAUACCUCAACACCAGCGAUGCCGCCGCCGCCUCCGCAGAUCCAAGAUACGGACAAGAAGCCUCUGAAUUCCUCCCACCAAACGCCGCCAACGGUUCUCCUCAACCCAUUCACGCAGCAGGUGGUGCACCAGGUGGAAACCCACAACUCUACGAUGUCCUCUACACUGUCACAGCACAAAUCCACAACUCCGGAGAUAUCGACGGUGAGGAAGUUCCUCAACUCUACAUUAGUCUCGGUGGACCAAAUGAUCCAGCAGUCGUAUUGAGAGGUUUCGAAAGACUUUCCAUUCCUGCUGGUUCGACUGCUACUUUCCGUGCCGAUUUAACGAGAAGGGAUUUGAGUAAUUGGGAUACAGUGGCUCAGAAUUGGUUUAUUAGUGAUUAUACCAAGAAGGUUUUUGUAGGAUCUAGUUCGAGGAAAUUACCUUUGACUCAGGAUUUGGCUUGA